AAAAAAAAAAAAUGUAAAAAAAAAAAAAAAAAACAGAAUGGCUCCAUUGUAUUAUACUGUAAUUAAGGCGAGAGGAGUAUUUAUUACUUUGAGGAAUCCGUAGAAUAUAACCCCUUUUCUUAAUUUCAUGUAUUUAAAACCCAACCCAGCUUAGAUACACAUGAACCUGUUUUUGCAACCAUACUAACAUUUGAUGACAUAGUAACAUUAUUUUGUGUCUUUUUUAUGCAUGUGACUCUGCAGUAAAGCCCUUACUACCCGCCACCAACAUCAUCGACAUCUUUAUAUAUGAAUAAAGACAAAGAUCUUGAAUUUUGUUGAUUCUGAAAAUGGGUUUUCGGAUUCAGCUUCUGGGUAUGUACUAUUUGGCAUGGUUUAGCUUUGUUGUUAGUGAAAGUGUAAAGAAAGGAAGUGUUAUAAUUGAUGGGAGUUCUGUGAUUGGAAAUAUUGAUGAUGAUUUUGUUUGUGCAACUUUGGAUUGGUGGCCUCCUCAGAAAUGUGAUUAUGGUACAUGUAGUUGGGGUCUUGCUUCUCUUCUCAAUCUGGACCUAAACAACAAGAUUUUUUUAAAUGCAGUGAAAGCCUUUUCACCGUUGAAACUGAGAUUAGGUGGAAGUUUGCAAGAUAAGGUGAUAUAUGAGACUGAAGAUUACAACCAACCGUGCACUCCUUUUGUCCGAAAAGAAUCCGAGAUUUUUGGAUUUACACAAGGGUGCCUCCCAAUGCAAAGAUGGGAUGAACUUAAUGAUUUCUUCCAAAAAGCAGGGGCAAAGAUUGUCUUUGGAUUGAAUGCUCUUAAUGGAAAGUCAAUACAUCCUGGUGGUUCUGCAAAUGGACCUUGGAACUACACGAAUGCUCAAUCGUUUAUUCAAUACACUGUUGGAAAGAACUAUGACAUUCAUGGAUGGGAACUUGGAAAUGAAUUGAGUGGGAAUGGUGUUGGAACAAGUAUUUCUGCAGACCAAUAUGCUUCUGAUUUUGCUGCUUUAAGAGGGAUAGUUGACAAUGCAUAUAGAGACAUUGAGCCUAAGCCAUUAGUCAUUGCUCCUGGAGGUUUCUUUGAUGCAACUUGGUUCAAGGAAUUUAUAAGCAAAUCUGGUAAAUCUUUGGAUGUGGUCACACACCACAUUUAUAACCUUGGACCAGGAGUUGAUCAGCACCUUGUGGAGAAAAUUCUGAAUCCUUCAUAUCUUGAUGGAGAGAAAAGUACAUUCAAUGGUCUGAAAAAUGUUCUUGAAAGCACAGGAACCUCGGCAACAGCAUGGGUUGGCGAGUCAGGAGGGGCUUAUAACAGUGGUCAUCAUCUUGUAUCCGAUGCAUUUGUCUACAGUUUCUGGUAUUUGGAUCAACUUGGCAUGUCUUCUGCUUAUGACACGAAAACGUAUUGCAGACAGAGUUUGAUAGGAGGAAACUAUGGUUUGCUCAAUACUACCAAUUUCCUUCCAAAUCCAGACUACUAUAGUGCUCUUCUCUGGCACCGGCUCAUGGGACGACGUGUACUGUCAACUACCUUCUCAGGAACAAACAAGAUACGAGCUUACGCACACUGUGCUAAGCAAUCCAAAGGAAUCACCAUACUAUUAAUCAACCUGGACAACAACACAACUGUUGAAGCGACAUUUAGCAACACUAACAGUUUGCGGCAUAGAAAGAUGUCCUAUAAGUCAAAAAUAAUGACACUACCUCUUCAUAGUACAAGUGAAACAGCAAGAGAAGAGUACCAUCUAACUCCACAAGAUGGAAAUUUACAUAGCCAAAUCGUGUUACUGAAUGGAAAUGUUUUAAGCGUAAACUCAGAUGGUGAUAUCCCUCGAUUGGAGCCUCUAUAUAUAAACUCAUCAAAACCAAUUAUGGUUGCUCCUUUCUCCAUUGUAUUUUCUCAUAUACCUGAUGCGGUUGUUCCAGCUUGCAGCUAGUGACGUUGCAAUAGGCAAAACCGAAAAUUGAAAGUGACAAAUUCAAUUUCUUAUCUUUCCUUUGUUGUAAUCACUAAGUCUAUCACUCGAUUUAUCCAUGCUUUGUCGAAUUUCAUCA